CAACUUUACUUCAAUGAUUGGCGUGAGCAGGAAGCGGCCUCUAGUAAGAGACCUGGUCCAAGGAGAUGACUUUCUCCUCUUCCGCACAAACUGUUGAUGACACUGAGAGAUAGUCACCUCCUCAUUGUCCGCUCAAGAGGUCCUUUCAAAACACUGGAAAGCAGCUUGAUUCUGCAGCAGCCACGGUACUUCCGUUCUCUGCUUCUCUCUGCAGACAUUCCGUUGCGGAGCAAAGACUCCCCUCCGCUUCAAUUGCCUGCUUUUCUUGGCAUUGCUUGCAGCGCCAGCAUAGGGAUUCCCAGACAGCCCCGCAAGUCGGCGGAACUUGAAGGCCGCAGAGACCGAAUUGUGUCUACCAAUAGCUUCUAAUUCAAGGUUGCACAGCAUACUCUUGCAAAGAGAAAGACACCACCUCUGAUGGCGCCAACUGUGCAAGCUCUGGCUGCUUCUGACAUCCAGGAAAGGCAGCAGGUAAGCGCCGCCAGCUUCAAGCCCUCGGUAUACGGUCCCUCCAGUGAGGACAUUGCCCGCGCACGCGCUGAGUUGGAGCGCAUCAAGAACGAGAAGGGCUGGCUGGAGCCAGACCGGGGCAAUUUGGACGCCCCGGGGAUCGACUGGCGCGAGGGCAAGCCCGACUACACGAUCGCCAAUCUGGCCUACUUCCGGGGGAAGACCAAGAACCACCCCGCCGGCUCGCUCGAGCUGGUCGUCGAGAACCUCGUCAAGACGUGGGAGAUGGAGGCGUCCCACAAGCCCUUCUCGCAGUGGGGCACGGUCGCCCACGCCAAGUACGCGGUGAGUGCCAACGGCGGCCGCGUGUUCCGCGGCGAGGAGGCCGCCUCGCGGGGCAACUACAACGUGCUCCUCUCCGCGUGCCCGCGCAAUUUAUACGACGCCGAAGCGGAGACGUUCGAGAGCAGCCACGCGCACUUCCGGGGAGCCUUCCCGGGGGGGUUCCCCUGGGAGGUUUUGGAGGUAUAUUCCGGCCCCCCGAAAGUGGCGUUCAGCUGGCGCCACUGGGCGACGUUUGCGGGCGAGUAUGAGGGGAACAAGGGAACCGGGGAGACGGUUAACAUGACCGGGUUUGCGGUGGUUACGCUGGAGGACAUGAAGGUGACCACGAUUGAGGUGUACUACGACCCGGUCAUCUUUUUGGAGGUGAUCAGGGGGAUGAAAAAGCCGGGAGAGCUGCCCCCCCACGGCGUGGCGCUCGGGGCGCCGCUCCUGAGCGAGGCCGAGGGGGGCUGCCCCUUCAUGGGGGCGGCGAGGAAGGUGGAGGUUGCGGCGUAGCGAGGGCAAGAGGGAUUUCGGCAAGCGUGACGGAAGCUGAGCUGGUUGGGUUUGCGAAAGGGCGAAGUUGUUCAUUUUUCCGAGCAGCGACCCCACCGGGCAAUUGAGCUUGAUGAUAUCGGAGCCCAAAAAACAUUCAUAAGUUCUGCUCACAGCUCAUUGCUGCGUUCAAGGCUUAUCGGUAGGGUCAGCAAGUUUCUGCGGCGUCUGGCGGUCGUACGUCGACUUUCAAAAGCCUUCAAACGUCGUUGUAGUGCAAGGAUUGCGAGCAUGCAGUAGAAUUCGACGCUGGGCCGAUCAGAGCAAAGUUUUGGACCAUUGCCGCAAAAGUCCCCACGGUACAAAAUGCGGCCGUGGAGCAUGUGAAACGAUUUGUGCGCCAUGUGAAUCCUGUGGCACUAAGUCGCUCACGUCGAUCACUGAUCCAUACACAGCUGUCGAUUGUCGGUCGGAUGACCUUAUUUCCCGU